AUGGAACCUGGCGACGGCUCGGCCGCCGUUGCAAAACGGCUGCAAACGUACUUCUCUGAAGACAAGCGAUAUGUGCUAUACCGGAGUCUUCCCAGUGGCGCGAGCGGAGACUGUCGCGGCUACAUAGAGGACUUCGGGAGCGGCAGGACGAGGAAGUUUGUGGUCAAGUGGCCCAAUGACGAUGACGAGACCGUCAUAGACGGGUUAAGGAAUGAGAUCGCGUGGUUGCAGGUUUUGAGAUUCGCUGAACAUAUCGUGAGCCCCUUACCGAUUUCCACUGGCAAGGAACUUCCGAAGGACGUGUACAUAUUCCUCGAGUAUAUGGAGAAUGGGACGCUGUCUGAGUUCCUCGAGCGAAUUGGGUCCAUGGCCAUACCGAAUCGUAUAUUAUGGAGUCUGUUUCUCUGCCUGAUCAGAGCCUGCGUGUCCAUGGCUUGGCCACCAGCUGCAGGGCAGCCUGAAGAAGUGAAACCCGGACCACCCUCCCGGCUUUCUCACUGGGACAUGCACGAUGAGAACCUGAUGUUUGGUCAAUUCAACACCGCGUAUCUAGAGCACAGAUUUAUCCCAAUACUCAAGCUUAUCGACUUUGACAAUGCAACCUUGAUCUAUUUCGAGGAGAAGCCCGAUGCGGAUGUCGUGGCAAAGUUCGACAACGACCGCGAAAGCCAACACGUCACAAGCCUGGGAGCCAGCGCCAAUGUUCUCGACGUAGGAAUAGCCAUGACGCGAAUGCUAGCACAACACCGCUUCUUGGACGUGGGCGGCUGUCGCGAAGCAAUACAGCACGAGUACCCGACGUUGGACUUUGAUCUGCAGUUGCUGGUAGUAAGAUGCCUAGCAGCCGAGCCGAAGAACAGGCCGAGUCUGGAAGAGCUGUUGCGCGUGGCCUUUACUGCCGUUGCCACCAAGGCGUUUACAGGAGAGACUGAUGAGGUGAUCCAGCAGAUCAUACAGGCUUUUAUACUUGACGGCAACCAGUCAUAA